UACUCGUACAUACAUUUGGUGUUGGAGAGCUACUGUUUCAACAGGCGAUGUUCAGCUCUAUACUCGUAACGUCCUCACGAAAUCUAAUUUUCGUCCUUGUCCUAGUUAAGAUUUUACAACAGAAGGUUACUUCGGCAGCAGGACACGAAGAAAAUGGAGUAUUCUACUCAAGAGGAGUUGGGUGUCAGGCUGCCAAGAUAACAGCAAUAAGAGUAUACAUAGAUACGACCACAGAAAAACCAGACUCUCAGCCAAUAAAACAACAGUCCAAACAAACAUAUAUUCCCUUAGUAACAGUUCCUGUACUGAGCACGGUACAAGUCCCUUUUGCAAACACCUCAUCUUUCGUGAACCUUUUUAAUUCUGCUAUGCACAGAAUAACGUUAUUCUUCACAAGCAUUUUUAGUUUUUUCUGAAGAGUUUAUUGCGUUUGAUUUUUUUAUUUAAAUAUUGUUUUGUAUAUUAAUUAGUUUAAUAUUAAAUCCUUACGAAGAGUCAAAUAUUUAUAUUUUACUCUAGAAUUGUAAACUAAAUGAAUGCAGUAGGAUUAAUAUAACACAUAAGUAACUCAUUAAUAUGACACAUAACCAACUAACUAUAUAAGUUUACUUCGUAAUAUAUAUGGAAAUUUUAUUUAUUAUUAUAAAGUUCUGGAAUUUUUCCAGCGCUUAAAUGUUUUAAAACAUAUUUAUUAGUAAAGUAAAUUAUUAAAUAUGAAAAAUGCUAUUAAACAGUUCUAUGUAAUCUACCCUCUUAAAAUAAUGAAUGUUAUGGAUCCAAAUUAUUAAAUGAGUGUAAGUUA